AUAGAUUCCAGAAAUCUAUUACGUGACCUUGUACUGGUAUUUCAGAUCUUCCCAGCCUCUCGUCAGCUCCCUUCUAGGUUUCGAAACGCGACGCUUCUUGACGAUAUCGACCGCUUUACUCCUAGUAUAACGUCACGGACAUACCAUUUUCGGCGCACUGUUACCCUAUGCGAACAAGUCAUCAGGUGCGCACCUGAAGAAAAGAUCUGGGAUGCUCUCUACGUCCUCGUCACCGAAUCCACCCCUCCGCCCCGUCUUCCAUCAUCCUUGCAACAAACGCCAUGGCUGCGCAACACGAGCAGCUUCGCAAACUCGACCGGACACCGCAAUUACGUAGAUAACGUGGCGAGG